AUGCUGCCAUGGUCUCCCCAUCCCUCACUCCUCGCACUGUCCCUUUUCGCAUCAUCCCAAGCCUCAAUUCUCUCAUUCGACUACAUAAUAAUCGGCGGAGGUACUAGUGGCCUCGUCGUUGCAAGUCGGCUUUCAGAAGUCUCUCACAUCAAUGUUGCAGUAAUUGAAGCAGGCGAUUCUGUAUUCAGCAAUCCCAACGUAACGGAUUUGAACAAAUUCACGGCAGCUUUGGGGACGGAGAUUGACUGGCAGUAUGAGUCUACAGAACAGAAGUAUGCAGGUCGGGGAAAAAUUGCCUAUCACGGAGGGAAAGCAUUGGGUGGGACGAGUACGAUUAAUGGCAUGACCUAUAUUCGGGCUGAAAAGGCGCAGAUCGAUUCUUGGGGGAUAAUUGGGAAUAGGGGUUGGAACUGGGAGAGUCUAUUGCCGUAUUAUGAGAAAAGUGAACAGUUUGUUGUUCCUACAGUCGCGCAGACAGAGGCGGGGGCAUCCUACGUUCCUAGUGACCAUGGAGAGAAAGGACUAUUGAAGGUGGGGUAUUCUUAUGGGUUGCUAAAUGGUUCUUUUGUGGACGAAGUGGAGGCUUCAUGGAGCACAUUGGGUAUUUCUCAUAAUCCUGACUCUAAUGGAGGUCAUGUGCGUGGAUUCACAGUCUGGCAAAGCACUCUUGAUCGGGAAGCCAAUGUUCGAGAGGAUGCCGCGAGAGCAUAUUACUAUCCUUUUCAGAGUCGACCGAAUCUUCACGUGUUCCUGAAGACUACCGCCAACAAAAUCAUCUGGAAGGACUCGACAGAGAUUAUCGCAGACGGUGUUGAAAUCACUUCUGCAAACGGAACAGUUAGCAUGCUGAAAGCUAAGAAAGAAGUCAUUGUUUCUGCAGGGUCACUCAGAUCCCCAGCCAUCCUUGAGCUUUCAGGUAUUGGAAAUCCAGGGAUCCUAAGCAAAUACGGAAUACCGCUCAAAGUCCCCCUCCCUGGCGUUGGAGAGAAUCUCCAAGACCAACCCAAUACCGCCAUCACUCUCCAAGCCCAGAGAGCAUUCAACGGAACCAUGGCAUACGCAACAUUUGGUUCCCUUGCCGACAUCCGGAUUAAUCUCCCAUCAUCAUCGAGCCUCAAAUUGUGGGCAAGCACCGUAUCCGCCGCAAUCAACAGCUCCCUUCCCGCUACCUCCCUCUACCAACUCUUCCAAAUUCAAUACGCCCUUUUAUCCCGUGGUGUACCAGAUGCUGAAACAAUCAUUGGCACCACGAUGAAUUUCGGCUUGGGACCAAGUGGAGUUGUUGGCUCAGCGUUUUGGUUACUGAUGCCUUUCUCGAGAGGAAGUGUUCAUAUCGCCUCCACAGACCCGAAGUUGUAUCCGGAUAUCAACCCGAAUUUCUUUCUGGUUGAUUUUGAUCUCGAAGUCCAAAUUGCGAUCGCAAAAUGGACGAGGGAGUUUUGGGAUACGGACCAUAUGCGGGGUAUGGUUACCGAGUUGAGUCCUGGGUUUGAGGCCCUUCCGAGAAAUGCCACAGAUGAGGAGUGGGGUGACUGGGUUAAGGGUUCUUUUUCUUCGAAUUCCCACCCGCUGGGAACGGCGAGUAUGAUGUCUAGAGAACUAGGCGGGGUAGUGGACAGUAGGUUGAAAGUUUAUGGCACGAAAAAUAUCAGGGUUGUAGAUGCGAGUGUAAUGCCUUUUCAAGUCAGUGGGCAUUUAACGAGUACACUGUAUGCUAUGGCAGAGAAGGCGGCGGAUUUGAUAAAGGAAGAUUUAUUAAAUGUGAAGCUCUGA